AUGGGCGCUCGGAGGCCGCGCAAGCCCCCAAAUAGCACUCUGAAGUGGGCACUCAGCUGGGUGCUGCCCGCCACCUGUGCCCGCUUCCUGUGGCGCCAACCUGGGCACUUCCCCGUGGCCGCCUUCUUGCUGGGCGCCGGGAUCGGGGGCUUCAUGUCCCUGGGUCUCUUCCAAAUCCUGGUGAAUCCCACGAGUCUCCCAGAGGAUCAGAAGGUGAUCCUGAUGUACAGCAUGGCCGGUGUGGGCGCCCUGGGAUGGGGCCUCUCCCCGCACAUCCGCUGUGCCAGUCUCCUGGUGGUACCCAAGAUGCUGGGCAAGGAGGGACGACUCUUCGUGCUGGGCUACUUGCUGGCCGCCAUCUACGAGGGCCCCGUGUCCAACGUGCGGCACAACCUGGCGGAGGUGGCCCGUUCUCUGGGCUGCACCGUGGAGUUGCAAGUCAACAACAGCCGCGAGGCCUGGCGUGUCUCCACCGCCCCGCUACGGGCCGUCAUCCGGGAUCUGCUGCACCGGGCCCCGGAGCUGAACGCCGAAUCCCGCAACGUGACCCUGGCCUUCUCCGAGCUGGACGAGCAGGUGACCAGCCAGGAGGGCUACCAGGCGACCGACGAGGAGGCCCGGGCCACCCGGGGCCGGGCCGGGCCCGGGCCUCCCAUCACCGACACCCAGAAGAUGUACGAACUCAAGACCCGCCUGCGCUGCAACCAGUUGGUGCGGGAGUCCGAGCUGGGCUGCGGGCGCUGGUUCUCGGCCAGGCUGAGCCGCUGCCUCAACGCCCUCCCGCUGCCCCUCCUCAAACACCUGCUCUGCCUCCCGCUGCGCUUCGACUUCGUCUGCGCCGCCGCCAGGGUGAUGGGCCCCUGGUGCCGGAACCGCAUCCCCGUGGAGGGAAACUUCGGACAAACCUACGACUCGGUGAACGACUCCGUGAACGGGCUGGGCAGCGAGUUCUCGGCGCGCGUGGAGAUCAACGAGCAGCAGCAGCAAGCCCUGGUGGGCGGCACCGUGAGCCCCUUGCUGAUCCAGCAAGAGGUGUCCAGCCAAGUGACGCUGGGGGCCAAGGCCCUGGGCCGGGUCUUGGGCGUCCUCCAAGUGCUCUUCUCGGCCACCUUCCUGCUCGUCUUCUGCGCGUCUUUCUCCUACACCAACAGCUACAACGGCGACAUUCGCUUCGACAACAUCUACAUCACAACCUAUUUCCGCCAGAUCGACGCUCGCCGUCGCCGGCUGGGCAAGGGGACGCUCCUGCCGCUCCGCAAGGCCGAGGAGAAGAUCUUCAUCUUCCCCUGGAAACCCACCAUCCAGAUCCCCGAGAGAGCCAACGUGAUCCGGGAGCUGAUGGAGUCCAUGCCACCGCUGCUGCUACUGCUGGUGACCUGUGUACUGGACUGGGCUCUGUACACCGUCUUCGCUACCAUCCGUCAUCACUCCUUCCUCGAGUACUCCUACCAGAGCAGCCACCAGCUGGAGGUGAAGGUGGGCGGCGACUCGCUGCUGGCCCGUCUCCUCCGCACCACGGUCGGUGCCCUCAACACGUCGUCCUCGACCCGCGUGGACACCGACAACACCCCCUGCCUGCCCGAGCCUCGUGGGCUGGACGCCCAAGGGUACGCCCGCGUGUGCCUGCCCGCCGGCCUGCUGCUGCUCUGUUGCCUCCUCCAGGCCUACGGCUACCGGCUUCGACGGGUCAUCGCUUCCUUCUACUUCCCCAAGAGGGAGAAGAAGCGCAUCCUGUUCCUGUACAACGAGGGUCUGAGGCGUCGCCUGGCCUUCGCCAAGCUGCAGAGGAAGAACAUCGUGCGGCGGGCCCAGCGCCAGGGAGCCCGGCGGCAUCGCCUCCCGGACGCCUGUUCCCGUCGGUGCCCGGGCCUGGUCCGGCUGCUGGACCGCUGGCUGGGCCGUAGCUGCGUGGUGUGCCAGGCCCCGGAGACGUCCAGCUCACUGCCCUGCCCCACCCCGGGGUGCGGGGCUCUGUACUGCCCGGCCUGCUGGGGCGACGUGGGCCGCCGCUGCCCGGCCUGCACCCCGGCCGGCCAGCUCUCCUCCUCCGCCGACAGCGACAGCGUCGACGACACCGCCUAUGCCGGCUGA